AUGGCGCUGCGAGCUGCAGCCGCUGCCUCAGACGAGAGCAGCGAGGCCUCCACCAGCAAUUCGCAGGCGCAGCACCUAGGGGGCCCCCCGGGGGCCCCCUAUUUGCUGCAUGUGAGGAUUUACAAGGCGCCGGAAGUGACUGGGCACUGGGGUGUACGUACAGCAGCAGCAGCAGCAGCAGCAGCAAAGCUGCGGUUCUUCACGCCGGAGGUGCAGCUGGUGCCGCAGUCGAAGGCGCUGCAGCAGCUGCUGGGCCUCGCGCCCCCCAGCAGCAGCAGCAGCAGCAGCAGCAGCAGCAGCAGCAGCAGCAGCAGGUGGAGGGGGAUGAGCUACGAGGCGAUAUGCGAGCUGGCGCUGCACCCCGUGGUGGCAGCACUGGCGCAGCAGCUGCUGCAGGGCUGCUGCUGCUGCUUCCCCACAGAGACAGUUUAUGGGCUGGCAGCAGCAGCAACUUUGCCAAGUUCUGUUUCCCAGAUCUUCGCCAUUAAACAAAGACCUGCUGCAGACCCCCUCAUCUGCCACGUGGUCUCGCAGCAGCAGGCGCUGCAGCAGGUGCUGCUGCUCGACGACCCCUGCAGCAGCAGCAGCAGCAGCAGCAGCAGCAGCAGCAGCAGCAGCAGCAGCGGCAGCAGCGGCGGCGGCGGCGGCAGCGGCGGCGGCGGCGCGGUCCAGGAGCGAGAGCGAGACCAGCAGCAGCAGCAGCAGCAGCAGCAGCAGCAGCAGCAGCAGCAGCAGCGGGUCUACGAGCUGCCAGUGCUGGACGGCGGCGAGUGCUGCUUCGUGGGCAUCGAGUCAACUGUUGUCAAACUCUUGCUGCUCCCCAAUGGGGGCCCCCAGGGGGGCCCCCAGGGGCCCCCGGGGGGCCCCCAGGGGCCCCAGGGGGGCCCCCAGGUGGAGGUUAGGGUACUGAGGCGGGGCCUUAUUUGCCCGAAGAUGAUAUCUGAAGCCCUCGAGAGCGCAGCAGCAGCAGCAGCAGCAGCUGCUGCUGCUGCUGCAGCAGGAACAGCAGCAGCAGAAGACUCAGCAGCAGCAGCAGCAGCAGCAGCAGCAACGAGCACGCCAGCAGCAGCAGAAGCAUCAAGCGAGCCACCGGCAGCACCGACGGCAGCAGCAGAAACGGCCGCAGCAGCAGCACCAGCGGCAGAAGCAGCUGCAGCUGCAACAACAGCAGCAGCUGCUGCUGCUGCGACAACAGCAGCAGCAGCAGCAGCAGCAGCAGCAGCAGGAGAGGUGCUGGAGGCCCCUGAACGCCAGCUGCUGCUACCAGCUGCUGCAGUCGCCUCCGCCAGCAGCAGCAGCAGCAGCAGCAGGGCAGCACCGACGGCAGCAGCAGAAACGGCCGCAGCAGCAGCACCAGCGGCAGAAGCAGCUGCAGCUGCAACAACAGCAGCAGCAGGAGAGGUGCUGGAGGCCCCUGGUAUGUGUCUGACCCACUACUCGCCCUGCGUUCCUUCUUUCCUUUUGAAGAACGCCAGCUGCUGCUACCAGCUGCUGCAGUCGCCUCCGCCAGCAGCAGCAGCAGCAGCAGCAGCAGCUGCUGCUGCUGCUGCUGCAGCAGCGGGAGAGCCCCACAGCUUUCCGUCCUCAAGCUGCAUUUUGAUCGACGCUGAUGAGUCCCUCGCGAGUUUGGCCCCUCGCUUUUGUAAAUAUAUAUCUCUUACUAGCAGCAGCAGCAGCAGCAGCAGCAGCAGCAGCAGCAGCAGCGGCAGCAGCAGCAGCAGCAGCGGCAGCAGCAGCAGCAGCAGCAGCAGCAGCGAGGGUCCGAAGGACUGUACUGCUGCUGAAGCUGCUGCUGCGAGUGCUGCUAGACAGGUAUUUGCUGCCCUGCAUGCUGCAGAAGAAACAGCACUGCAGCUGUUGCAGCAGCAGCAGCAGCAGCAGCAACAGCAGCAGCAGCAGGUGGCGGUGCUGCUGCAUGCAGAGCCACUGCUGCACUGGGGAGAAGAGGGUUUGGCGGUUUACGACAGACUCUUCAGGGCUGCCUCUGGGCGGAGCGUCGUCCCGCUUGCUGCAGCUCCAGGACCUUCUGGGGAGCUUUUCUUUGGUUGA